AAAAACAUACUGACUUGGUUCUAAAUUCUAGUAAAUAUCAUCCAGCUGUGAGCGAGAAUUUUGAAAAAUAAAUUUUAUACAGUUAUCAGGGAUUAAUUUUUAUUGCUCUUGAAUAUGCAUAAUCUGCAACUUUCAACUCAUGGAAACAAAAGUCGAAUAUUUCGGUUAUGGAGACAUUAUCGUACACUACUAUGGAAAGACUACUUGCUACGUCGUCGGGGUUUUUGGCUCAUAGUAGCUGAGUCACUCUUUGUCUUAAUAUUUGUUGUUGCUAUCGCUAUUAUUCGAAGGCGUCAUGCAGUUGACAUUAAAUCACCAUGUUUCUUUCAAAGCCAAAGUAUGUCAAGUAUGGGAUUAUUGAACUAUAUCCAGUCAUUAGUCUGUAAUUUCAAUUACACAUGUAAUGAAAAAAAUCCACGGAGUUUUGUUACGUUAAAUGGUUUCGCUCCCAUGAUUUAUUUUCUUGAUAACUUAACGCAUGUGGCAGAAGAUCCUGUUUUCAAUAAAUGGUUAAAUGAACCAGCUACAUUUGGAACAGAACAAUUUAUUGAUUGGUUAUCACUUGGCUUAAAGUUAACUCGUUUACAAACUUCUGCUGUUAAUCUACGAAUAUGGAUAAAUGAUUAUCUUUUAGUAUUUAGAAAUAGUUCUAGUAUGCAAUCACUGGAAUAUAUGUCACAAUUAAUUUGUGGUUCACCAGCGAAUGAAAAUGAUUUAGGUCGAUUUUUCAUUGAACUAAACCAAAUGAACAUGGAACAAGGUGCUUCAAAAUCAUCUAACAAUAUUCCAAUAAUUGAUCAUUUAAUGUCUCAAUUUAAUGAUCUACUUGAUAUAUCAACUUCAGAAAAAUUAUUAACUGAGAAAUCAUUACCAAAUCUUAAUUUAUGUCCUAUAAUUAAACAUUUAUUAAAUUCAAAACCAUUUUUUAUAACAAUGGGUCGUUUACGUUAUUUUCUAUUUGGUAAUAUAGCAUAUUAUCCAUCAAAUCAAUAUACAGAUGAAAUCAUUUAUAAUAUGGGUAUCUAUACACGUAUAUUACGUAAUCUACGUCAAUUAAUUAAAUUAUAUUUUAAUGAAUUACGUCCAUGGUUACUAAAUAUUGAUUUUAUUAAUAAUAAUAAUCAAACCAAUUUCAUACAAAUAAAAAAUCAAUUAAAAUAUUGUAAAGAUAAUAAAUUUGGUAUAAUUCCAAAUGAAAUACAAAAAUUAUGUAAUUAUUUUUAUGAUUAUUUUAUACAACAAUAUAAUAAUGAUAAUCAAUAUAACAAUAAUCAAUAUAAUAAUAAUCAAUUCAAUUGGAAAUUAUUAUUAAAUAUUAUUGAUUUUUUUAUGAAUUUAUUUAAUGAUUUAUUAACAAAUUGUUUACAAAUUGAUAAAAAAUUUAUUCCAUUUAAUAAUUAUAAACAAUUUCAUGAAUAUAUGAUAACACAACAAAAUAAUUUAUUAUCAUCACCAAUUGGAAUUAUAUUUAAUCAAUUACCUGGUUAUUUAAAUAAUACAAUUUAUAAUCAAUCAAUCAAUGAUAAUAAUAAUAAUAAUGAUAAUGUUUUAAAAAAAUUAAUAAAAUAUCCUAAUAUUUUAUCAAUAACAUUACGUAAUAAUCCGUUAUUUAUAUAUGAAACAAAUAAUUAUCAAUUAAAAUCAAAAUAUUCUAUAACAAUGCCAAAUCGUGAUCCACAAACUGAAAUGAAAUAUUUUACAAGUGGUUUUAUAGAUAUACAAGAACAAUUAAUUCAAUCAUUUUUAUAUGUUACAUCAUCUAAAUUAAAUAUAAUGAAUAUAUAUAAUCAAUUAAUUAAUAAUAUUGGUAUAGAAAUGAAAAUGUUUCCUACUGGUACAUAUAAUUUUGAUCCAUUAUUAAUGAAUAUAAUAUUUUUAUUACCACAAUUAAUGAUAUUAAAUUGGAUAUUAUCAAUUAUAUUAACUGUUAAAUAUAUGGUAGAUGAAAAAGAAAAUCGAUUAAUUGAUUAUUUACGUAUAUUUAAUAUUAAAAUCUAUAUGAAUUGGUUAGCAUGGAUAACUAUAUCAUUUAUAUUAAUGUCUAUAUUAUCAUUAUUUAUUAUAAUUAUAUUAAAAUAUGGUAAUAUAUUACCAUUAAGUAAUAUAAUAUUGAUAUAUUUUAUAAUAAUGAAUUAUAUAAUAUCAUGUUUAUUUUAUUGUGUUAUAUUUACAUUAUUAAAUGUUAAAUCAACAAUUGCAUCAAUAUUAUCUGGUAUAAUAUAUUUUUUAUUAUUUAUGCCAGCAUCUGUAUUAUUAAGAUAUAAUGAAUUACCAAAUGAUAUAUCAUUAAUACCAUUUUGUUUUAUACCACAAGUUAGUUAUUCAUUAUGUUGGAUAUUUAUAAAUCGUUUAGAAUUCAAAGGUAUUGGUGCACAAUGGGCAAACAUAUGGGAAACAAAUCAUUCUAAUAGUAUAUUAUCAUUAGGUAGUUCAAUUAUAUUUUUAUGGAUUGGUAUAAUUGUAUUAAGUAUAUUAACAUUUUGGGGUAUACCAUUGAUAACUAAAUGUUAUAUAAUCAUUAUACAUAAAUUACAAUCAAAUUGUAUUAUAAAUCAUUCAACAUCAAUGAAUAAUGUUAAAAAACGAAAAAAACGUAAAAUAAGCAGUGGUAAUCAAUUAGAAAUAUCUGUGAAUACUUCACAAUUAUUAAUGAAUACAUUUCAAACAGAAAGACAAAAUUUAUUAAAUUCUACGAUUAUGACAACAAUAAAUAAUGAUAACUCUCAUUCAAUUAUGAUACCACCAUCUGUAAUUAUUGAUAAUUUAUCUAAAAUAUAUCCAUCAUCAAAAUAUGCAGCAUUAUGUAAUAUUAAUAUGAAUUUUUAUGAAGAUCAAAUUACUGUGAUACUGGGACGUAAUGGAGCUGGUAAAACUACUCUACUUUCUAUACUAGUUGGAAUACUUCAACCUACACAAGGUAAAAUAAUUAUGCAUGGAGAAGUGACCAAUAAACGUUUAGAUAUUUUACGUCAAAUGUUAGGAUAUUGUCCUCAAUAUGAUAUUUUAUAUGAUUCAUUAACAGUUACUGAACACAUUCAUUUAUUUGGUACAUUAAAAGGAAUGAGUCGUGUAAGUAUCAAUCAAAAAUUAGGUGAUUAUUUACAGAAACUCGGAUUAUCUGAUAAACGAAAUGAACAAACUUCUAGACUUUCUGGUGGUCAACGAAGAAAAUUAUCAUUAUUUUUAGCCUUUUUAGGCAAUUCAUCUGUAAUAGUACUUGAUGAACCAACAGCUUCAUUAGAUCCAUUUUCACGACGUGCUGUUUGGGAUUUAUUAAAAUCGUUACGUAAAGGACGUACAAUCAUAUUAAGUUCACAUCAUAUGUAUGAAACUGAUUUAUUAGCUGAUCAAAUUUCUAUUAUUUCUGAAGGCAAAUUACUUUGUUCUGGUUCUAGUUUAUCAUUAAAAUCAGCUUUUGGUUCAGGAUAUCAUUUAUCAUUGGAAGUUGAUUCUGGAUCUUCUGGAAACAACGACAGUUUCUCAGAAUUACUAAAAGCUAUACAAAUACAUGUUAAUGAUGCCCGUAUAUUGAGUCGAAAUGCAAAUAAAUUAAUUAUUCAUUUACCAACAUGUGAUGCAUUAACUGGAAAAUUUACAAAUUUAUUUCAACAAUUAGAUAAUGAUGAAUUUCGUCAAUCACAUCAUAUAAAACAUUAUGAAAUAGCUAAUUCAUCAUUAGAAGAAGUAUUUCUUUCAAUUACUGGUGAUAUACAAAUAACUAGAAAUCAUUCAAAUGAUGAUGAAUAUAUAGAAAACUACGAUGAUGAAUAUAAUGGUAAUAUUGAAUUCAAUCAUAAAUCAAAUAUUGAGGAGAUUGGAUUUAUUAAUAAUAAUUAUUCACCUUAUCAACAUGAAAAUACUUCAAGAAGGAAGCCUUCUCUUCUAAAUAUGAUAAAAGCAAUGUUUUAUAAACGUUUUAUUUAUUUAAAACGUAAUAAAUUAUCAUGGAUUAUUGAAUUUAUAUUUCCAUGUUUAUUAGUAUUAACUGGUAUUGGAUUUUUAGAAUAUUUUAAACCAAAUAAUAUACAACCACCAUUGGAUAUUAAUCAUUGGAUUAUGAAAAAUACACAUACUACUAAUGAAUUAGUACAUUUCUAUACACAUAAUCCUCAUAAUGACGAAGAUGUUUCAUUUCAAUCUUAUUUAAAAUCAUUAAAUAAUCCAUUAAGUUUAACUGGUGUUGGUUGUAUUUCAUCAAAAUUACAUACGUUUCAACCAAAAAUUAAUACAAAUUGUUUAAUUCAAACAAAUAAUCAAAAAUAUUUAACAAAAAAUUGUGAAAAAUAUUCAUUCAAUCAUAAAUUUCCUUGUUAUCCAUUAGCUACUGGUGAUAUACUACUUAAUUUAAGUAGUAUUAAUAUAUCUGAUUAUUUAAUGAAUAAUACAAAAUUAUUAUAUAAUAUUAUGUAUGGUGGUAUUGAAUUUAAAACUAAUGAAAAAUAUGAAUUAAAUGAAAUAAUUUAUAAUUUAUUUAUUAAAUUAAAUAAUUAUUCAGUUAAAUUACAUCAAUCUAAUGAUUGGAAACAAUUCUUAAUUGAUUUAAAAUUAAUUUUACCACCAAAAAAUAUAAUACGUUUAUGGUAUGAUAAUCGUGGUUAUAUAUCAUCAGUAGCUUAUUUAAAUUUAUUACAAAAUUUACAAUAUCGUAUGUUAUUAUCAAAUGGAUUAAUGACAUUAAAUAAACAAUAUAAUGAUGUAAACAUCAAUUAUAAUGAUAAUAAUAAUGAUGUAAUAAAUCCAACAAAUUCUGGUAUAAUUAUCACUACCCAUCCAUUACCAUAUCCAGAUACAUUUGAAAAUAGUAAAAUAAAUGAUGAUAUUAAAGCAGAUUAUUUAUUAUCAUUAUUUCUUAUAUUAGCUUUAUCAUUUAUACCAGCUAGUUUUAUUAGUUUACCUGUAUAUGAACGUAAUAAUAAUUCAAAACAUUUACAAACUUUAUCUGGUCUAUUACCUUCAAUUUAUUGGUCAAUCAAUUAUAUUAAUGAUUAUAUCACCUAUUUAUUCUCAUCAACAUUAUGUAUAAUAAUAAUUAUUAUACAUGGUAAUUCAGCAUAUAUUCAAUCAGAUACAAUCUAUCCAUUUAUAUUAACUAUAUAUUUAUAUGGUUUAGCUAUGGUCUCUUUAAUUUAUUUGGCAAGUUUUUUAUUUAAAUCAUCUAGUACAGCAUUUGUAUUAAUAUGUGGUUUAAAUUUAGUAAUUGGUGCAGUGACAACAUUUGUACGUUUCUUUCUUGAAAUACUUACACUUGAUAGUACAAAUUAUCAAACAACAAGAGGAACUACAGGAACGACAACAACUCAAUUAAUCAAUAUGUGGUUACGUAUAUCACCGCAUUAUUGUUUAAGUGGUAGUUUUUUUACAAUAGCAUUAAGAGAUUUUUUUAAUAAACUUAAUAUAUCAUAUAAAAAUAAUACAUCAUUAUGGAAUUUAUUGAAACUUGAUAUGGGAUGCCUAUUAUUACAUUCAUUAUUAUUAUUUAUCAUUGUAUUAUUAUUAGAAAAACAAUUUUAUAUAAUACAAAUAAUACAUUGGAAAAGAAAUAAAUUAAAAUGGAAUCGUUUAAUGAAUUCAUAUGUUGGUAUACAUUAUGCAGAUCUGGAAUCAAAUAUACAAAAGAAAACAGAAGAUUCAUCUUUAAAACCAAAAUAUGCAAUCAACGUAAAAUCAGUAUGUAAACAUUAUUGGUCUCAAAAGAAACCAACAGUAGAACAAUUAAAUUUCACUGUUCAACCAGGUCAAUGUUAUGGUUUACUUGGUGUAAAUGGUGCUGGAAAAUCAACUACAUAUUCUAUGUUAACUGGUCAUUCUACAAUAACACAUGGAAAUAUUUAUUUAAAUGGUUAUGAUAUAACAUUAGAUAAAGAGAAAGCAUGUGAAAAUAUUGGUUAUUGUCCACAACAAGAUGCUUUAUGUGAAUUUAUGACACCACGUGAACUAUUAACAUUUUAUAGUUAUUUAAGACAUCCUAAUCAUCACCAUAAUCAUCAUUAUCAUCAUCGUCAUCAUCAUCAUCAUCAUCAACAACAAUCAUUCAAUCAUACAAAUCAAGUUAAUGAAAUGAUUGAAUUAAUUGGUUUACAACAAUAUGCUGAUUGUUUAAUACAUACAUUAUCUGGUGGUAAUAAACGUAAAUUAUCUAGUGGUAUAGCAUUUAUUGGUAAUCCAUCAAUAAUAUUUUUAGAUGAACCAUCAACUGGUAUGGAUCCACAAGGAAAAUAUUUAUUAUGGAAUAAUAUAAAAAAUGCUAUCAAAUUAAAUUGUACUAUAUUAUUAAGUUCACAUUGUAUGGAAGAAUGUGAAUUAUUAUGUAAUCAUAUUGGUUUAUUAAUUAAUGGUAAAAUAUGUUGUCAUGGUAGUCCAUUAGAAUUAAAACAAAAAUAUGGUUUAGGUUAUUAUAUUGAUUUACAAUUUAAAUCAAAUAUAUUAAAAUAUAUAAAUCAUGUAAAUGAUUUACAAAUAUUAUUACAUAAUUAUUUACCUAAUUUUCAAUUACGUUAUCCAUUAUUAACAAGACAAGAAUAUCAUUAUAAUACUAAUACUACUACUACUACUACUACUACUAAUAAUAAUAAUAAUACAAAACCAUUAUGGAAAUUGUUUAAUGCAUUAGAUCAUUUAAAUAAAUAUAAUAUCAUUGAAAAUAUAUCAAUAAGACAGUCAACAUUAGAAGAUGUAUUUGUUAAUUUUAUUAAAUUAUAUGAAAAUAAUGAAUUGUCUAAAGAAUAAUAUGAUAAUCAUUUGGAGUAGGUUGUUUGUUUUGUUUGUUUUUUCGACGGUUUUUCUUUGUUUUUUUUUCGUUUUCUUUUGUUUGGAAAUUAUUGUAAUGACAAAUGAUCACGUAACAAGGUGGAUGAUAGUCUUUCCAAUAAUGAUAAAAGCAAAUCCGCUUUAUGAAUAUUGAAAUUACAAUGGAUUAUGUAAUAAAGAGAAUGACAGUCUUUCCAUUAAUAAUUAAGGCAAAUCUGUUAUAUAUAAUUAAAAUAAUCCAUAAUGUCAUUGAAUAAGAAAAAGAGAAUUCAAUGAAGAAAAUUUUCUUUUCGACAAAAUCAUUUAGUUAGGCUGUACAUUCGUAUAUGUAGUUAUAUAUAGAAAAUAUAUAUCCCUUAAUGGGUAUGUUUCUGUUUUUUUUCUUGUUUUUCUGCACCUCUAUUUGAUUAUUAUUAUUAUUACCAGUAUACAAGUUUGCUUGAUUAUCAUACAGUCUUUUCUUAUUAUUAUGGCCUUUGUGUUUGUCGCUUUUCAUGUCUGUCAAUUGGUCUAUUAUCUUUACCCUUUGAUUAGUACAUUAACCUCAUCUGUUAUUUAGUCUCGAAUCCAUUUUUGGUGAUGCAAUCUUUUCUAUUCUCCUAUAGACAGAUGUUUUCCAUAUAUAACUUUAUAUACUAAUGUACAGCUUAAGCAAAUGAUUUCGUCGAAAAGAAAAUUUUCUUCACUGAAUUCCCUUUUUCUGUUAUAUAUAUUGAAAUGACAAAUGAUUAUGUAAUAGAGAGAAUGAUAGUCAUUCCAGUAAUAAUAAAAGCAAAUCUGUUAUAUGUGUAUACACGUUGGAUUGUAAUAAAACAUUAAACAUAGAUAUUCUCUAUUCUCUAAAUUUAUAUUUCAUUUAUUUACGUAUUUGUGUUCAUUGUUUAAUUGUCAAUGAAUUUACUGUAUGGUUUCUGUACACAAAUUGUAUAGAUUCAAUCUUUUUGUUUUGUUUUUUUUAAGAUAAAAUGGUUUCAUAUUUUUUAAAAUUAUGUUUAUCAUUUUAAAAAACAAAUGUGAUAUCCUAUUCUUACCUAUAUGGUUAUAUUUGUUUAUGGCAAGUUAUUGCUCUUUCCUCUCUCUCUCUCUCUCUCUCUCCAUUUUAUUGAUGUUUAUUACUUUUAUGAUAAAAGUAUGUAUGAUAUGAUCUUGGAUCAUAAAUUGUUGAAAAAUUUUUGAUGAGAUCCAUUGUAUUAAUAUACAGUUUAUUAUUUGAUUGUAUUUGUUGUUUAAUAAAUGGAGAAUUCGA